AUGCUCCGUCGAUUUAUUCCUGUUUUUACUACUAAUGUAAACCGAUACUAUUCGAUAUCUUCUUUACAUUAUAAUUCAACUGUUCCCGAAUCAACUCAGAUAAAUCUUCAUCAGAAUAUUUACAAGCUACGAUUAGAAAAAUGUUCACAGAUCGACUUCGACUGUGAUGAACCAUUACCACUGGACUGGUCAGACCUGCCCGAUGCCCAGGUCCAUCAUUCCGAUCGCCUGAAAGAUGGCAUUAAACUGCCUGAAGCGGUCAAGAAACGGCGCAAUUAA